GACCUUCUUGAAAGGACUGGUUGUAUAAGUAACCUAGGUCAACCCCAUUGGGAAGCUAAGGCAUUGGCUGUCAUUGGAUAUAUUCGGGAUACCAAGCAAAAAAUUGCUGCUGUCCUUGAAGUGAUGAAGUGGGCUCCAAUUCCAUGGACCCCAGAGAUCCAAAGAUUAGUUGAUGAUGCUUUAACACUCAAGAGCCCUGAAGUGGAAGCUGUAAAGAAACAAGCAAAACUGGUUGAAAUAAAGAAAUGGCUUCAGAAGUAUAACCUGAAAGGAAUUGACAUUCCUAAAGCAAACACAAAUGAAGCUUUUCAAUUAUCAAAAUAUAUACUAAUGAAGGAUGAGCCAGACAGUCUGGAAGAUGCUCUGAAAGUUUUGAGGCCUGAGGGGAACAAUCUCAAGACAGAUCUUUACAUGUUCAGACUUCGAUAUCUUGUGCUCCAUGAUCGUUUAAGUGAAUGUUUGGAAUUGCUUAAAUCUUUGGAUGCAGAUAUGAUUGUUGUUUGUGCCCAGCGUCUUCUCACUUUCUGUUACAUCCAGUUAGAUGAAGAAUUUCAUCUGGACCCUGAGGAUACCAAGAAUAAGAGAACUUUAGUAAUUACUGCUGGCAAAUGCCUCAUAGAUUUUCUGCAAAUGCACAUCACAGAUUUUCAAGAGCUUGACAACAUGCACAAAUUCAAGAAAGAUAUGCAGAAUCUUCUCUCUCUUCAGAUUGAAUUUGAAAAGUAUCCUCCCUUUGAAAAAUACAAGCAACCAAAAUUCAAAGAAGCAAUGUUCUGGGACUAUGUCAAUUCUCUUACUACAGGUUCUAAUGAAAUGGUGAAGCAGCAUUACCGCAAGAUAUACAGACUAGCUGAUCUACUGCAGAUUCCAUGUAUGCAAUUGUUAUCAAAAAUGGUCAUCAGCGCUUCUAAGACUGGUAACAAUGAAAUGGUGAUUGAGAUUUGCAAUAAUUUGCUUGAAUGUGAGCCAAAUGCUGAGACUGCUGAGGUCCUCUAUGAUGUUUGCCUGCAUUUGCUGACGUUAUUGGCUGAGGAUGAUACUUCUGCUGAUAUUGAUGAUGAAAAAGAAAAUGCUCUUGAAGAUGUUAGAUCUAAUUUACCUGCUCUCAUACACAACAUUAUUAGCCUUGCCCUCACGGCCUGUAAUCCAAGUUUCUUACCAAAAUUUAUUCAACUUGGUAAAUGCACUUGGUUAGCUGCUUCUGCCAGUCAACACACCAGUGUAGCUGAAAAUACUGUUGUUUCACAGGGCUUGGCUGUAGGUGGACGUACAGAUCAAAAUUUAACCAAAAUCUGGAGCCUGACCACUCAAUUCAAGGAGGAGGCUUUUAUCAUGGAAGCAUCAACUAUAAUUCCUUUAUCUGCUCAGACUACUUUGGCUAAUCCAUUACUUCAAGAAAUCCCUGUGACCCAAAAGCCAGCAGAUAUUACAGUGUGUGAAGAAACUGAUAAAAUUCUCUCCAAGAAUUCAGAAGAUAUUGUGAAGACAAAAAAACAGUGUGUACAGAUUGUGGAUUGUUAUGUAGGACAGAUUCCCAAACUGCUGGACUUUUUACAAAGGAACCAGAAUAUUGAAUUGGCCUACCAGUAUCUUAUGCACACCUAUUUUACUGUGCUUGAGUACUGUGACUACUGCACAACAAACAUUCAAGUGACUAACAGGGAUAUGAGUCUUGUAAAAGAGAUUCUGGAAGUGCUUUCUCAGCUGAAUCCUCAAAGAACUAGCCAUCAGUUGGUUAUAAAUCUCCUACACAAGAUUUUUAACCAACACAGAAUCGAUCAUCUGUAUGCACUGGCUUUUUUCUGGGGUCUUCCUAAAAAAAUGCUGCAUGAAAUUCUCAAGAAAAUGACAAACCAAGCUGGACAAAACUACCGCAAACUUAUGGCACUUGCAAAAGUAGGAAAUGCACUUGGAAAACUCCAUAAAGAACCUGAUGUUGCCUCUCGUUGUCAACUGAUGGAGACAAGUGCUUCUUGGGGACAUCACCUUGGCAAAUUCAAGGUGUGUUUCAAAGAUGCCUUAUAUGGGCCUCUCAAUGAGAAAUACAAAGUAUUGCAGCAGAUGGCAGCUUGUGAGUCAAUUACUAUUUCAACUGUAAAGGAUUUCUGCAAAGAUUUCCAAAUUGAUUUGGAUGAUGGGUUGAUCAAAUAUCUUGAAUACAUCAUCAAAUCUAUUACAUCGACCCACAAUCAGUGGUCAAUUUGUAACCCAGUCAAACGGAAACUGAAGCUGGACAAAGCUGUUGGUGCUGUAAGAUGUGUUAAGUCCCAGUCGAGACUUAUGAAAACUCUUACUGCCCUUAUUAAUUCAGUAAACAUAUAUGAUUAUGAAACCCUAUGGUUAAUUCUGGAAGAAGCAAGUCAAAUUGAAAAAACUCCUAUAAUUGACAAGAGUCUGAAAUUGCUAAGCUUCUUGAAAGAAUAUAAGAGAAUAGCGACACCUUCAGAUUAUGAACGCCAGUUCCGAAUUGAUGGAGACCAAGAGAGUUUACAGUUUGUGUUAGAUUGUCUACCUCGCAUGAGUCAAACUCGGCUGCCAUUCCAUCCAAUGCUGUUUGGGGAUCCAUGGAGAAUAAUUACUAAAGAACUUGAUGUGAAGAAUACAAAAACUUGGCUGUCAGCAACAAAAAUUCUUCAGUUGUCAACAGACCAGUUGUAUGUAGUUGCUGUGCAGAAUACAAUCAAGGCUUAUGUAAGUUCUUCAAAUGAGACAGCUGCCAGCACAUUGGAAGAUAAGUUCAGGUGUAAAUGGGAUCCCAAAGAAGUGAAUUUUGACCUGCUCAAUUGUAUUAAGAACAUUGUUGGGGAAAUCAGAGAUUGUGAAUCUGCCCUUGCUUUGUCUACUUAUGUCAUGAAAGAACUACCUAUGGGUGCUGAAAAAGUUCUUGCUUUGCAGGGCUGUGUCUCUUUUGCUGAAAAAUGGUGUCAGUCUUCAAAAGAGUCUUCAAGUUGCAAAAAGGCUGAAACUGCUUUCCAUAAGUUUGUGCAAAUGUAUCACCAAUUGGCUGCAGAACAAGUUCUCUUCCAAUAUAAACUGGCUUCCCCAGAGCUGCUUGACUUGUGUUCUAAGCCAGAGAAGUUAAUUAGAAAAUUGUAUGAGAAUUCUUCCAUCUUGGAUCCCACUCUUCCUGAACACCUGAGACCAGAUAUCAAUCAGAUGGCUGUAGAGAUUGCUACCAUCAACAGUUUGAGUUUAGAAGACUUGAAGAUCAACUUGGUCUGUGAAUGGUUAGAGACCAACAAAUCUGAAGAUGCUGAUAUGACCGUUACAUUUGAUUUUGGCAACUUUAAUAACUUUGAAACUGAAGAUAAACAUGUUGACAAUGAUAACCUGAAAAGAGUUGCUUACAUUUUGAGAAGUGGUGAUAUCAAGAGAAACAUUUCAUUCUUACUUGGAUAUUCAGGACAGUUACGUAGUACUACUCAAGUUUCCCACAUGUGCCAGUUGCGUGCUCUUUGUUGUUUAUUCAAUAUGGCUUCAAUGAAUGAAAUUUCUUGCACCACCUCAAUGACUUCUAAUCAAAUAAGUAAACUCAUUCAGGUUCAGAGGUAUUUGGUUUGCUUAGAGAAGCUGAGUGUUGCUAUGACAGCCAAAGGUUUUGAGGAAUGCAACAAAGAGAAAUUGACAAGAAGCAUUUGGAAGAAUCACAAUCAGGAGAGAAAUAUUUCCCUUGUUGCCUACCUUGUCACUAGUCUUUGCUUUGAUUACAAAAUCUAUGAUCUAAACCUUUGGGAUAACAACAAAGAUGCUAACAAAAAAGAAAUAUAA